AAUUCUCUGUUCUAUUCGAUCCCCAGUUACUCAUUCAAACAAUUUGUAAGGUUGAAUUUGCUGGUAUCAUUUUUCGAAUGGCUCACAAUCAGGUUGAAGGUUAUGCCCAACGGAAACUUUUUGCUGCCCACUGGUCCAUGGAAGCUGUGGCUGUUGCAUUAGAGAAAGGCGAUGUGUUCAAAUCAAUAUUUCGAGUGAACGCACAUAAUCGCGUUGAGGCCUACUGCAAAAUUGAUGGAGUGCCGGUGGAUAUUCUUAUUAAUGGGAUCGAUARCCAAAAUCGAGCUGUAGAAGGAGACAUUGUUGCAGUCAAAGUUGAACCUUUUUCAUCCUGGACAAAGAUGAAAGGGACAAUUGAGGCUUCCCGACAUCCAGCCGUGGAGGAUAAAAAUUUGCUUGCAGGAGCCUUGGAAUCUAAUAAUGRCAGCUGCAGAAUAAAGAAAAGGGCAGAUGCAAAUAUGGAGUGCGCUUGCAACACAAAUGGGCAGCCUUUUCCAGAAAAGGAUUUACAUACCGUAAAUGAUAAUUUUCAUGGUCAAAAUGACGGUCAAGAACUAAUUAGACCUGCAAGUAAUGGGUACAUUGAUGGAAAUAAUCAAUUUGAGCUGGACCACUCAACGGCUUGUUCUUUUGGCGAAAGAAGAGAAGUUGAAACUGUAGUGGAGAAGUUGUGUACUAUGAUUAGUUCAUUCCCAUCAAAACGGCCAACAGGUAGAGUUGUCGCUAUCAUUGAAAGGUCUCCUCGUAGAAAAGCUAUUGUUGGUUUUCUUAGAAUAAAGCAGUGGUUAUUUAGCAGGGAAAGUUGCAGGAAGGACAUCAAGAAGGCUAAACUUCUGCUUUUAUCUUCAAARCGUGAAUACAUCCAACUUAUACCCACCGAUCCAAAAUAUCCUAAAAUGAUGGUUCCUGUGAAAAGCUUGCCUAAYAGCAUUACGAAAAGAUUGGAGGACUGUGACUUAACACUUGAAAUGGAACUUGUAGCUGCACAAAUUAUUGAAUGGGAUGAAGAGUAUGAUAUUCCAUGUGCUCAUGUUGUUCACAUUUUUGGAAGAGGUGGAGAUGUAGAAUCACAGAUUGCUGCUAUUUUAUUUCAAAAUGCAGUUGAUUCUUCUGACUUCCUUCCUGAAGCAAUGGCCUGUAUUCCUCAUGUUCCUUGGAGAAUACCUGAAGAGGAGUUUCAGCAUAGAAGAGAUUUAAGGAACUUGUGCACAUUUACCAUAGACCCUGCCACUGCAUCUGAUCUUGAUGAUGCUCUAUCUGUUGAAAGGCUGUCGAAUGGUAUUUACAGAGUAGGUGUUCACAUUGCAGAUGUAUCGUAUUUUGUUCUCCCACACACUGCCUUAGAUGUUGAAGCCCAAAUCCGAUCUACAAGUGUGUAUUUGCUGCAGCAUAAAUUACCAAUGCUGCCCCCGCUGUUUUCAGAUAAUUUAGCUUCACUUAGUCCUGGGGUAGAGAGACUUGCUUUUUCUAUUAUCUGGGAUAUUAAUCUUGGUGGGGAGGUUCUAGAUCGCUGGAUCGGUCGUACUGUUGUACAAUCAUGCUGUAAACUCUCGUAUGAACAUGCUCAAGACAUUAUUGAUGGAACUUUGAAUGUAGAGUGUCUCAACGAUGCUUGUCCCCAACYGCAUGGCCAUUUCACAUGGUCAGACGUGAUUACUUCUGUACAGAAUCUUCAUGAGAUAUCUGGCGUUUUGAAAGAUAAAAGGUUUAAAGAUGGUGCAUUGUCUCUUGAAACUCCUAAAACUGUUUUUUUGUUUGAUGAAGAUGGCAUCCCUUAUGAUAGUSUUCUCUCCGGAAGGACGAAGUCCAACUUUCUUGUUGAGGAAUUUAUGCUUUUGGCUAAUAGGACAGCUGCUGAAGUGAUAACCAGGGCUUAUCCUUCUAAUGCUUUGUUACGGAGACAUCCUGAACCGAAAUUGUCAAAGCUUAGAGAGUUUGAGGCUUUUUGCAGUAAACAGGGUUUACAGUUGGACACUUCUACUUCUGGCCAGCUGCAUCAGUCUUUGGAGUGCAUUAGGCAUGAUCUGAAGAAUGAUUCCGUCUUGUUUCAUGUUCUUAUGUCCUAUGCUACAAGGCCAAUGCAGUUGGCAACAUAUUUCUGUAGCGGGGAUCUGACAGAUGCUGGUGAUGAUUGGGGUCAUUAUGCCUUGGCUGUCCCUCUUUACACCCACUUCACUUCUCCACUACGACGAUAUCCUGAUAUUAUUGUACAUCGAACAUUGGCUGCAACACUGGAAGCAGAAGAUAUGUAUAUGCAUCAUAGAAGAAUGUUGAAUUUAAAUGGGGAGAAAUUGUUUGAAAGAUGCUUCACUGGCUUGUCUUUCAACAAAGAAGAAGUGGAGGCGUUUGAUGUUCAAAAAGCAUUGUCUGAUGCAGCAAUGAAGCAUGCAGUUCCCUGCACAGAAUUACUUGGUGGUGUUGCUGCUCAUUGCAAUGAAAGAACACUGGCUAGUAGGCAUGUCAAGGAUGCUACUGAUAAACUCUACAUGUGGUUGCUGCUGAGGAAUAGAGAGGUUUUCCUUUCAGAAGCUAGAGUAUUGGGCUUGGGACCAAAGUUCAUGUCUAUAUAUGUCGCCAAGCUAGCUAUUGAACGACGUAUAUACUAUGAUGAGGUUGAAGGUCUUACCGCAGAAUGGCUUGAUGUUACAUCCACGUUGGUGCUGAAUUUUUGUCCAAAUAAUCGCUCACAUAAGAGAGGAACCGCUAGUAGGUUCAAACCAAUUGAAGAGGUUGCGAUGGUUACCUUUCCAUACAACAUGGUAUCAGAGCCAGAUGUAUCCGGAGACAGUAGCAACUUGGACUCUGUCACAGAAUCCGGCAGCUCAAGGAAGGCAGACAUUGAACCAGCUGUCUUUCCCCUUGUGUUACGUCUUCUUUCUACAGUUCCUGUUGCACUUCAUCCUAUUGGUGGGGAUGAUGGGCCACUUGAUAUAGGCGCAAGACUCUACAUGACCUCAUAUUUUCGUUAAAUUUUAUAUCCCAAGUUUAAAACUGCUUAUUACAAAGCAAGCGAACGACUUAAACUAGGUCGUUCUUGCUACUGAUCAGAGUGCCUUAAGCAUURUACAAUUUGAUUGGAAGUUGAUACUGGUUGGAUACAAAGGUAGUUGUAGAAGGAUAUAGUUUUGUUGGAAGAUGUAGAUAACAGAGAGAGUAGCUGCUUGUUUUUAAACUGAAGCAGACUACCAUGGGCGGUUCAUGAUGGUGGAAGUGGUGGGGGUGUGCGGUUCAUGGUGGUGGUUAUGGUCGGGGUGGUGACAGGCUAAUCUUAUUGUAGGCGAGUUCCGCUCGGUCCAAAGGCCUACAACUUCAAGUCACCUAAAAUUUGUGGUGGAUUGCUGCCCAGAAUUUUUUAGACUUUGGGUUUGCUGAUCCUUGUUAAGUUUGUAAUUAAAGACUAUGGUGUACAUUGGUGGGGGUUCUUUCUCAGCUUUUGGAUGUAACUUUUAAAUGUUCAAUACUCUUAACUGUCUUCUUGAAGUUGCGAAAAUUGAUCUACACACUUGUAAAAGUGUGCGAUCUUU